AUGAUAUCAAGUGAUGAUAAAACAAAUGAAAAUGAUACUGUAGAAAAAGAUGUUAAUAUUACUGUUAAAACCGUUAAAUUACAACGUCAUUGGGCCUAUUUCAGUAUCAUUCUUUUAAUAUCGACAAUAAUUUAUUUUACUAUUAUACCAAUUAUAUCAUUAACAAUUGCAUUAAAACGUUUAUCAAAAGAAUGUCCAAUAGCCGAUUUAUCAUUUCGUUUAUUAUUUCUUAUCAAUGGUAUUAUGUCAGUACCUGUUUUACCUCUAUUAUGUCUCACUGUUAUUUGUGGAAAUCAAAAUACAAAGGGACUUAAAAAAAUUUAUACAAGUUUAAUUAAUUUUGUUUUAUUAUUGUUAAUAGUAUCUAUCUUAUUCUGUUAUUUAAUAUUAGGCAGUAUUGAAAUAAUAAAUAUUAAAAAUCGACAACAUGCAUCACAAAAAAAUUCUUGUAGAAAAACUAUUUAUUAUUCAGCAUGGACAAUAAUUAUUAUAACAUAUGCUCAAAUAGGAUUAAUUACACUUUACUUUAUUGAAUUAUUUCGAAGAAGUUGUACGUAUAAAACAUCAAAUACAAACGAAAAUAGUUUAACAGAUAUAUGA